AUGUCUGCGAUCGGCCCCUUCCCCGAGCCAGUGCCUGGCAGCAAGCCUGCUGCGUCCCCAGCCCUCACCGCCGAUCAGCAAGCCAAGUACGAGCAGCUCCUCACCGAAGUUCGCACCUGGGACUCGGAAUCGACCCCUCUCAACGACGACGAGCGCAUAUGGCUCACCCGCGAAUGCCUGCUCCGUUACCUGCGAGCAACAAAAUGGAACUCGACGCAAGCUUCCACUCGUCUGCGUUCUACCCUCACCUGGCGCCGCGAGUUCGGCACCGAUGGCUUCACCUCCGACUACGUCUCGCCUGAGAACGCCACGGGCAAGCAAGUCAUCUUGGGCUUCGAUAAGGAGGGCCGCACGUGUCUGUAUCUGUUGCCGCAGAACCAAAACACCAAGCCAGGACCAAAGCAGGUCGAGCAUCUGGUGUACUCGCUCGAGCGCGCCAUCGAUAUCCACCCACCAGGCCAGGAGACGAUUGCGCUGUUGAUUGACUUCCGGAAUACGGGCGCGAGCGGGACGCCAGGACUGGGUAUUGCAAAGCAGUGUUUGGAUGUCCUGCAGAGUCACUACCCAGAGAGGCUAGGGAGGGCUUUGCUUACGCAUUUGCCCUGGUACGUUACCACCUUCCUCAAGCUCAUAUACCCCUUCGUCGACCCCGUCACGAAAUCAAAGAUCAAGACAAACGAGCCGCUCAUCAACCACGUUCCCACAUCGCAACUCAUGAAAGUGUCUGGCGGUGAGGUCGACUUCAAGUACGACCACUCAAUUUACUGGCCCGCGCUCGACAAGCUGGCCACCGAAAGGAGACAACAGAGGAAGGAGCGAUGGCAGAAGGCAGGCAAGCUCAUCGGGGAGAGUGAGAUUUACCUAUGGGGCGGAGACGCAGCAAGUGUCGGUGGAGGCGUCACGGCGGAUACGGCGACGAACGGAACACAGCAGAGGAGUAGUAUGGAGAAGGUGCCUGUUGCUGAAGCUUAA